CAUAUCGAAAACUCUGUGCGCAUGUCUCCAUUUUUAUCCGUACCAGAUUUGAACUCUGGUGUAUGCAGGCAGCCAAGCGGCGAUGGACGACAGGUCCCUGGUACCUUGUUCACCCUGGGUGGUAACGGUAUGCCAGAGACGCCUCCUCCAAUGGAUGGAGCAGGCGCGAAGGAAGAGCGUGGUCCAGAUAGAGUUCAUGAAGAGAUACUGCGUGCGAUGUCAGUAUUUUUCCAUAUUGGGCAGAUCGAUAGCGAUUGGGGCGAUCCUAAGGUAGAGUAUACUCGAUUAGCUUUGAUGCCGAUAAUAUCGUGGACCCAGCUGAUAAUCCGACACAUGUAUGGUAAAAGUGGGUGGCUUAUGCGUUCAUUUGAAGAAUGGCCAGCAGAUUUUGACCAAAGCAAUGCCAUGCCAAGGUUAGCUUCAAGUCUUCUUCUCCAUUAUGUCAACCAGCCAGGUGCUAUCAGGCUUGGCAGAAAACCAAAUGACGAAAUUUUACAGCGAUCGUUGCGUAAUUUGGAUAGGAUUCCUGGCAUAGAAUACCACGCUGUUGGUGUCCUAUACAUGGGUAUGUAUCAAGAGACUGAAGCCCAGAUAUUGGCGAAUGUGUACGGGUCUGAGAGAUACGCGAAGUUCUUGAAGCUAUUAGGCACACCUAUUCCACUGGACAAACAUCCGGGAGGACUGCUUCCUGGACAACAUGGAUCCUAUACCUACGAGUACCAAGAUGAAUUGAGCAAAAUUGUUAGUUUGUCUGGAUUCCGAUAUCGCCAUACUUAG